UUUUCUGGGGCUAGGGAGAGGGGAUUGCUACGUGUCUGGGUGACUUAAAAAGCCAUCGUAGCUCCCCUCCCUGCCCAGCCAAUUCCAUCAGGGAAGCCAGAGAAAGUCGGAUCCCGUUUAAGGCGCUUCUGAUUCCGCGGACGCAUCUGAAUAUGUCAGAGAUUUGGAAACCGAGCAUGUGUGUAACCCUCUCACUGGGCUCGUAUACAAACUUGGCUCAUCUGCUAACUCUGCUACAGCCUCAUGACUCAGCGGACAUUCAGAAGUCCACCAAUGUCGUGUAUCAGUCCCAUCACGUUAGUCGAAACAAGAGAGGCCAAGUCGUUGGCACUCGUAGAGGAUUCCGUGGUUGCACUGUCUGGCUAACAGGUUUGUCAGGAGCUGGAAAGACCACCAUUGGGUUUGCACUGGAAGAAUACUUGGUUACCCAUGGCAUUCCUUGUUACUCUCUGGAUGGAGAUAACAUCAGGCAAGGACUAAACAGAAACCUUAGUUUUACAUCUGAGGACCGUGAGGAGAAUAUCCGGCGUAUCGCUGAGGUGGCCAAACUGUUUGCAGAUGCUGGUCUUGUCUGUAUCACUAGUUUCAUCUCUCCAUUUACGAAGGAUCGUGAAAAUGCAAGAAAGAUUCAUGAGAACUCCAACCUUCCGUUUUUUGAAAUCUUUGUUGAUGCUCCUUUAGACAUCUGUGAAAGUCGUGAUGUGAAAGGUCUUUACAAGAGGGCCAGAGCUGGAGAGAUAAAAGGAUUUACUGGAAUCGAUUCAGAAUAUGAGAAGCCUGAAAGUUCCGAGUUGGUGCUGAAAACAAACCUCACAUCUGUGAAUGAAUGCAUCCAACAGCUGGUGGAGCUCUUAGAAGAGAGGGGCAUUGUUCCUCCUGCCGCAAAUGAAGAAGUGAAGGAACUCUUUGUUUUGGAAAACAAGCUGGACAAGGCACAAAAAGCAGCCCAGGUUCUGCCCGCACUGCAGAUAACACAGCUGGAUCUGCAGUGGGUGCAAGUUUUAUCUGAAGGUUGGGCAACUCCCCUCUCAGGCUUCAUGAGGGAAAAGGAAUACCUGCAAGUUUUGCACUUCGGGAUGCUGCUGGACGGUGGAAUCAUCAACCUGACUAUUCCAAUCGUCCUGCCCGUUAGCACGGAAGACAAGGAUCGCCUAGAUGGCAGUUCAGCCUUUGCCCUUGUCUAUUCAGGCCGCAGAGUGGCCAUACUUCAAAAGCCGGAGUUUUAUCAGCACAGGAAAGAGGAGCGUUGUGCCCGGCAGUGGGGAACGACCUGCGAGAAACAUCCCUACAUUAAAAUGGUGAUGGAAAGUGGAGAUUGGCUGGUUGGAGGAGACCUCCAGGUACUGGAAAGAAUUCAGUGGAACGACGGUUUGGAUCAUUAUCGGCUAACUCCCCUGGAACUCAGGCAGAAGUUUAAGGAUAUGAAUGCUGACGCUGUCUUUGCGUUCCAGCUCCGCAACCCCGUUCACAACGGCCACGCCCUAUUGAUGCAGGACACCAAACGCAGACUUCUGGAAAAGGGCUACAAGCGCCCUGUCCUGCUCCUGCACCCGCUUGGUGGCUGGACGAAAGACGACGACGUCCCACUGAGCUGGCGCAUGAAGCAACACGCAGCAGUGCUGGAGGAGGGGGUGUUGGACCCGCAGUCGACCAUUGUUGCCAUCUUCCCAUCACCAAUGAUGUAUGCUGGGCCAACAGAGGUUCAGUGGCACUGCAGGUCCCGUAUGAUUGCUGGGGCCAACUUCUACAUCGUGGGCCGCGAUCCCGCUGGCAUGCCCCACCCCAUUACCAAGAAGGACCUGUACGAACCAACCCACGGAGGGAAGGUACUGAGCAUGGCACCCGGUCUAACCUCUGUUGAGAUCAUACCAUUCAGAGUUGCUGCGUAUGAUAAAGAUAAGAAAUGCAUGGACUUCUAUGACCCAGAGAGAUCGCACAGUUUUGAUUUCAUCUCAGGCACCCGUAUGAGACAACUUGCCCGUGAAAAUAAAAAUCCGCCCGACGGCUUCAUGGCUCCUAAGGCUUGGAGGGUGCUGACUGAAUACUACUCCUCUCAAGAAAAGAACAAUUAAUAUUUUAUUCUGAACAAACACAAAAGGCAUUUCAUGGAAUGCCACACAACAGCUAGCUGUUUCCUUACUUACUGUGUUCUUCCUAAUCUCGUAAUUCAUGCAAUGUUUAAAAUUUUUAUUCAAUUUGAUUUACAUACAUUAACAGUCGAUUUCCAAGUGGCUGAAUGAAGACCUAGCUGGAAAAAUAGGUUCUUUUCAUUCUGAUUUUUAAGUGCUUAUUUAUUCUUUCCUUUAAUGUGUUUAAAUAACUAAAAAAAAACUGGUCUUUUGCUGUAGCCAUUUAUUUCAUUUUACAGGUCAAGUGUAACUGGUAACAUUUUCGGACUUUUUAUACAGAGUUCCUUUUCAAAGUGCUGAUGGCAACACUGUUUUCAAAGUGUUUCCAGUUGGUGGUUUUGCAAAGAAACUAAUUACCUUCAAGACGGGACACGCUUAGUGAAAUCUUGUUUUAAAGCAUCAGAUAUGUCAUAAAGUCCUUUGUAAUUUUGUAUAGAACCUAUGGCAGGUAUAAAUUAUUUUACCCUCGCUUGACAUCACUUACAGAGUUCCUCACUAAUUUCAUCUUUGCCACUUGAAUUAGAUGCUGCAAUGUUUUGAAGUAAUUUUAAACCGAUGUCUUUUCUACCAGCAGCUCAGUAUUUAAUGAUCUGCAAAUUAUACAUCAUCGUUCUGGUUACGGGAAAAGAAAAUUUGUUCUGGUCAUCAGUUUUUUACAAAAGUGUUCAUGCUGUGCUCUUGUAAAGAACUGUCUCCUAAUAACCCCAGCCUCAUUCUCAUUAAAUAUUGACUUUGGAACUGAGAUGAUGAAAAAACAAGGCCGCACUUCAGAACUCUCCUGACAGCGUUUGGUACCUGAAAAAGACAGCUGCAGAAGUUCUAAUAGAUUUUAGACCAUAAGACAUAGGAACAGAAUUAAACCAUUCGGUCUAUUGAAUCUGCUCCACCUUUCAAUCAUAGCUGAUUUAUUUUCCCUUUCAACCCCACUCUGCUACCUUCUACCUGUAAAUCUUGAUACACUUACUAAUAAAAAACCUAUCAAGCUCUGUUUUAAAUAUACCCAAUGACCUCACCUCCAUAGAUGCCUAUAGUAAUGAAUUCCCCAGACCUCUAGCUAAGGAAAUUCCUCCUCGUCUCUGUUCUUAAGGGAUGUCUUUCAGUUCUUAGGCUGUGCCCUCUGCUCCUCGACUUUCACCACUAUAGGAAACAUCCUCACCACAUUCUCUCUGUCCCGGCUUUUGAAUAUUCAAUAGGUUUCAAUGAGAUUCCUCCCUCAUUUUUCUAAAUUCUGGCAAGUACAGGACCAGAGCCGUCAAGCACUAAUCCCGUGUUAACCCUUUCAUUUCUGGAACCAUUAGACCCUGUCUAAUGCCAGCACAUCCUUUCUUAGAUACGAAGCCCAAAGCUGCUCACUAUAUUCCAAAUAUGGUCUGAUCAAUGCCUUAUAAAACCUCAGGAUUUCAUCCUUGCUUUUAUACUCUAGUCCUCUCAAAAUGAAUACUAACAUUGAAUUUGCCUUUCUACUGACUUAUCCUGAAAGUUAAUCUUCGGGAACUUCUACAUGAGGACUCCCAAGUCCUUUUGCAUCUGAACAACUCACUGCAUGACCAUACACUUCCCUAUACUGUGUCCCAUCUGCCACUUCACACAUUCCUAAUCUGUUCUGAAUCGUUCUGCAGCCACCCUGUUACCUCAACACUGCCUGCCCUUCCACCUAUCUUUGCAUCAUCCACAAACAUGGCCCCGAAGCUAUUAAUUUCAUCAUCAAGAUCAUUAACAUGUAACAUGAAAAAUAGUGGGCCAAACAACGCCCUUAUGGAACACCAGCAGCCAACCAGAGAAGCCCCCUUUAUUUCCACUCUUUGCCUUCAGCCAAUCAAAUGUUGAUUAUAUUGUAAUUUUUUUUUGAUACUCAAACACAUUCAAAAGCUAUUAACAUUUAUCCUAAUAACUAGGAAAUGUGAAAGUUAGUAUUUUUUGUCAAAUGGUUAACCAAAAUUGCAUAAAAUUAUAGACAAUUUAAUACAUUUGAGUCAGGCAAAGUAAUAUUUUCUUUGUCCUUCUAAAUCAGUAUCCUACUGUACAGUAACAAAUCCUCUGUUAGUUCUGAGCUGGAGCAGAAGCCCAGAAGCAAUUUUGCCAUUAUCCUGACUUCAGUGUCUCACAGCGAUUACGCACACAUACGUCUGGGACUUUGAUUUAAAUAACUGAAUGUCAGCAGCUUUAAGCAGAGAAACUGACAAAGAGUAGGCACGUAGUCCCAGAGACUUUUUAAGUCUAAUUUUAAUUCACAAGUGACUAAUGCAUUUACUUCACAGUUGUAAAGUUUCCUGCUUUAUAAACCUGUCAUAUUCAACAUAUUCAACUUGUGAUUCUGAGGUAAGCAGAGAUGUUAUUUUUGCCCUCCAGCUUACCUCAAAACAUUGUAUUUGCAUUCACUUUUGGAACAGAGUCACACCAUGCCAAAUGAAACUUUCUCAGCAUGAGUUUAUGUACUUUCAUUAGGACCAGCUGGUUGUUGAAUCCCUGACACACAAGGUUUGCUGUUCAGGUAACCAAAUCUACUCACCAUUCCUCCUCACUCUCCUCAGAUGUGUGGGAGUUAUUACUUGAUAACUAACUAUCGAGCGACAUCCCACUUUGGGAAAGGAAAGCUCAAUGCUGCAAAUCAUUUUCCUUUGAGGUCUCUUGUGGCUGGGCUGUAGGCAACUUUGACAUUGGAUUUGUGCAGGUCCACAAUGAAAAUGUUCCUUUUUGACAAGUGAGAGCAUGACAUGAGAAAGGAAGGGACCACUGGAUGGGAAAUCAAGAAAGAGGAUGAGAAAGGAAGGAUAGGCUGAAUUGCAUGUAUUUGCCGGCAACAGACUUUUCAAUUUUAUGUCAUAAUGAUUAAUGGCUACAACAAAAUGCAAAAUUUUAAAUCUAGGAGAAAGUAUACUUAACUUCUAGAGAACACUGCUUAAAUUUUAAUCAACUGAAUUCAUUAGUGCCUUUCUCACAAAUGACCAGAAAUGUAUAUUUAUUUUCAGAAAUGAGCUGGCUUUUAUACUGUGCCUUAGCCAAUACCUGCCUUCAAUGCAAUUUCUGUAUAUCAUAUUGCUAAAGCUUCAUAUUAAUAUAAUCUUGCGCUGUUCAUAUGAAUAAAUAUUCAAUAAUCAGUGUUGUCUGCAA